AUGAAGCUGCCGAGUUAUGGGUUUGAGCCUUCCCUCGGGCAAGGCCAGGCCAUCUAUGUCCUCGAUUCUGAAUAUCGCAAAUCUCACGAGGAGUUUGAUACGUCGACGCGACAGGCGGCGUUCCAAUUUGUGUUCGAUGAUGUCGCUCGUCAAAGGCAGAAUAACUAUGAUCCCAACACAAGGUUAAUUGUCAAUAUGUUCUAUGGGCAUACUAGCAAAAUCGCAAUUACGGAGCGUGCACUCGCGAGAUGCAAAGCCAUGGACAUUACCAUCGUUGUUGCGGCAGGCAACGAGGGCACAUUACAUAUGCUAGAUGAGCUUGUACCCCAAGCAUCCGGAGCAGACAGCAUUUUUAGUAUGAUCACUGUUGGUGGCGUGAAUAAGGAAGGGAAGUACUACAGGGCCACUGUUAAUAGCCGAGGCCAGGGUGCAGGCGGCGAGGUCAACUUAUACGCCGGCGCUGCGGACGCUACAGCUUUACGGUCAGGUUACCCGAUUUAUUCGGGAUCGAUGGACUCGAAGUGA